AUGACCAAGACAACGAAGAAUCGAAGACAACCUAGUAUAGAAGACAACGAUCACCAUAACAACAAAGAUUAUAACCUAGACAACGCUGUUGCCUACGACAACUAUGUUGCCUACGACAACUCUGUUGCCCACGACAACUCUGUUGCCCACGACAACUCUGUUGCCCUCGACAACGCUGUUGCCCUCGACAACGCUGUUGCCCUCGACAACGCUGUUGCCCUCGACAACGCUGUUGCCCUCGACAACGCUGUUGCCCUCGACAACGCUGUUGCCCUCGACAACGCUGUUGCCCUCGACAACGCUGUUGCCCUCGACAACGCUGUUGCCCUCGACAACGCUGUUGCCCUCGACAACGCUGUUGCCCUCGACAACGCUGUUGCCCUCGACAACGCUGUUGCCCUCGACAACGCUGUUGCCCUCGACAACGCUGUUGCCCUCGACAACGCUGUUGCCCUCGACAACGCUGUUGCCCUCGACAACGCUGUUGCCCUCGACAACGCUGUUGCCCUCGACAACGCUGUUGCCCUCGACAACGCUGUUGCCCUCGACAACGCUGUUGCCCUCGACAACGCUGUUGCCCUCGACAACGCUGUUGCCCUCGACAACGCUGUUGCCCUCGACAACGCUGUUGCCCACGACAACGCUGUUGCCUACGACAACCCUGAUGCCCACGACAACCAUGUUGCCUACGACAAGGAGAGAUAA